AUGGAUGUGGAACCAGCUGCCAAUUUGAAACUGGUAAUUUACUUUCCUGACAGAAAAUCCAUGACAAUCACGGGAGCACCAAUAUCUGUCACAAGCUCUAUAGGAAACAAAUCAUUGUCCGUCGUUGUUGACAGUAGACCGCAUAUUCAAACCGUAUACAAGAAGAUUGCACCAUCGCUGGCGGAGGGUCCGAUUUCUACUACAGAAAAAGUUGGCACAUGUUCGUCUGUUAUUCUGAAUCCUGGAUGUCGAGAAGAAUGUCUUACUGAUUAUGAUUGCAUA